AAGAUGGUGCGAAUCAGUGUGCUGCGCGAUUGCCUCAACAACAUUGUGAAUGCCGAGAAGCGUGGAAAGCGCCAGGUGUUGAUCAGGCCAAACUCCAAGGUCAUCAUCAAGUUUCUGCAGGUGAUGCAGAAGCAUGGCUACAUCGGCGAUUUGGAGAUCAUCGAUGAUCACCGAGCAGGGAAGAUUGUCGUGGAGCUCACCGGCCGCAUCAACAAGUGCGGCGUGAUUUCCCCUAGGUUUGAUGUCUCAGUGGCAGGCAUUGAGCAGCUUGCUAGCGAUCUCCUUCCAUCCCGUCAGUUCGGCCACCUUGUGCUGACCACCACUUACGGCAUCAUGGAUCACGAGGAAGCUCGUCGGAAGCACGUGGGUGGCAAGAUCGUGGGCUUCUUCUUCUGAGAGUGGAGCCCCCAUAAGAGGUAGACAAGAGGAGUACUUUGCGCUUUUGGCUUGGUGGAAAAC